AUCAGGAUCAAUGAGCAUCGAACCUAUGAAAAAGGCUGCGCAAGCGCUUGAGUUAUUAUUACGCUCUCUUCCAGAAGAUUGUUACUUUAAUGUAGUAUCUUUUGGAUCUCGUCACGAUUCUCUUUUCCCAAAAAGUCAGCUUUAUUCCGAAACAUCAUUAUCUCAGGCUAUUGAUCUUGCUCAAUCAAUGACCUCAGAUUACGGUGGAACGGAAAUUUUUAAAGUAAUAAAAUGGGUAUUUGAGAAUUCAAGAGAUGAUAUGCCAACUUCCGUAUUUCUCAUUACGGAUGGAGAAGUUUAUAAUGUUGAACAAAUUGUAGAACUUGUACAUGAAAAUGAAGAAAAAAAGAAGGAUGAUUUACGUCUUUUUUCUUUAGGAAUUGGUGAUUCUGUUUCUCACAAUUUAGUCGAAUCUGUUGCUCGUGCUGGAAGAGGAUACGCCCAAUUUGUAACAACUAAUGAAAGGAUGGAUAAAAAAGUUAUUGGAAUGUUAAAGAAUGCAUUAAAACCACCGAUAAAAGAUUACAAUAUUACUUGGACUGACGUUAAUUUCUCGGAAUCAACCGAAAAGGAAGUAACUACUAUGGAAGAAGAUAAGCCUGUAAUUAGUUUAUAUAGUGACAAGACGGAACCUCCGCCAUCACCUCCAAGUAAUAUCUUUACUGAUAUUAAGAUUCGACAAUCUCCUUAUUUAAUUCCACCUAUUUAUCCUGGUGUUCGUUUCAUUGUAUAUUGUAUUUUGGAGAAAAGUAUUGAACCGUGUCAAGUUAUCAGUUUAAAUGCCACUUCUCAAGAUGGUCCAAUGAAGCUUGAUAUUUCUUUGGAUCCCGUUACUUUGCAAG